CUAAUCUGACAUCCACCUGAACGUGAGCGGCGGGAAUGCGGCGAGACGAGACGUCACACGCCCACUGAAUGAGCUGUGCUCUCACCCGGCCGGAGUAGAGCACUUUCUUCAUCAUGCUCGAUUCAGCUGGAUUCCCAGAGUCCAACAACCAGCGCCGGAAGAGCAACUUCGUCCCCGGGUAGAAUGAGCAAAGGACACCUCUGAGAUUGUCACAGCCUGUGACAAGCCUCCUCCUUUUUGUCUCCCUCAUCACCUUCCUCUGUCCUUGCCUUCACUUCAGCUCGACUCUCUCCUGCUCUGCUCACUAUGUUGAUACCAGCUGUACUCCUAUGGAUUCUUAAUGUCAGCAACCUGUGCUCAGGACAAGACUACAUGGACUACUACGCAGCUGGAGACACGGGAACCCAGGCUCCAGUGUUGUCAGAUGACCAGUGCCUGAGGAAGAAGUCAUGGCACACCUCUUCCUUCUCGUUUCCCACCUCCUCAGCGAGCCCAGCGGUCCAUUCAAACCCCGACGAUCGCUGGGUGCAGCUGAGGGAGGAGCCUCUUUACAAAGUGGACGGCACUCUUGCAGUCAUCAUAGAGGAGAUCCAGCGCACCUCAUGUCAACCGAGGGAGGUGUGCAUUGAGGUGACCAAAGAGUACCCACAAUCCACUACUCCGUUCUAUCGGCCGCGCUGUGUGGCGCUGCAUCGCUGCGGUGGAUGCUGCACUAAUGAAGCCUUUUACUGCACCAACACGAGUCAUGCGUUCGUCAACAAGACGCUGAUGGAGAUAUCACCACACAGGAUAGACCCCUCGGUUGUCAUGGUAACCUUCAUCAAUCACACGGCCUGCGAGUGCCGCCACAAGCGUCCGCUGCGCUCCAUCAUCAGACGAGCCGCAACAGAUCACCUGUGUCCCCCUCCCAUGGUCCCCUGUGCUUCAACAUACUUGUGGGACCCAGUGAACUGUAUGUGCCUACCAACAGAAGCCAUUAACUAUUCUGCAAAAGACACAGAGGCUUUGGACUCAGGACUGCUGGCUCUGUGUGGCCCCAACAGGGUUCUGAAAGAGCCUAGCUGCGAGUGCGUCUGUCGAAACGGACUCACUGAAGCCAGCUGCGGUCUGGGCUGGAAACUGGACCACAACACUUGUGAAUGUCAAUGUGAAGGUCGUGGCGAGGGCAAGUGGUGCCCUGUCGGCCAGCGCUGGGACGAGGAUCUGUGCGGUUGCGUGUGCGCCGCCCAGUGUCCCGGGAAUCAACCCCUGAACCCGGACACCUGCCUCUGCCAGUGCAGAGAGAGUUCACAGUCGUGUCUGCGGCAAGGCAAGAGGUUCAACCCCAACACCUGCAGUUGCUACAAGUUACCAUGCAGGAGCCCCAGACGUCCGUGCCUAUCUGGCUUUUACUACAGCCACCAAGUUUGCCAGUGCAUCCCCAACUAUAUGAAGCCCGAAUGGAAUUAGCCAAACAUUGAGGAGCAGACAGACACAAGCCGAAGGCUGUGUUUAAACCAUGGGAAACAUGUGGCCUGAAACUGCAAGUGAGACUAGGAGGUGGAACAGGACAACUAAUGAACAGUUAUUGGAUUACAACAGACCUAUUAAUGAUAUCAGGCGCUAAAAAUGCUUUGGCCCUUGGGUGGAUACAAUUAAAGAGGAAAUGAGAUCUAUGUGACUCACACACAUCCGCGGGCAGGAUCUCGUCCAACCGCACCUGAGAAAUGUCAGAAGGACGCAUCGGACCAAUCGCUUCAGAGCGAGCUUUGAUACCUGCUAGAGCAUGCACGCUGACACUUUCCUUGGAAUGGCAAGUGGAAGAAGAUAAUGACAGAGUAGAGAUGGAAUAAGCUUAGGACAACUUUGCUGCAGGCUGUGCGUUGGAAGCAUUUUGGCUUGCAGGGAUGUCACAGCAAAAGAAAAUGAACAUGACACCAACAUUCAAUCGUUUUUUCAACCCAAUGUUUGCAUUCCUACCCGCAAACCACUUGGUGUCAUUUUUUUUUUUUUUUUUCUUAAGUAAGCAAUCACUUUCAACAGGUAAUAGUUAUUGCUGCUCUACCGCAUUUACUUUUAUUUAAAUGAUACUAAGCAAUGUAAAUAUUUAAUGUCUAAAUAUUUAAAAUAUUUUGUAGUUGUAAAACACUGUAUUUAAGGCACUCCAUUCUCCCAUUCAAUAUUUUAAUUCGUGAUACUGCCAACAGUGCUAAAACAAUAAAUCCUAUUAUUUUAAGGCUCAAAUCAAACUCUAAAACAAUAGAGCUAAAAAAGCGUUGAAGUGUUUCAUAAUCCUUUCUGAAAUAACUAUUUCCCCUCUCCAAUUAAAUGAUUUAUGGGCAAACGUCUGGACAGUGUUUCUAAUUAAAUCAGACCCUUUCCAUGCUAAUAUUUGUAUAAUUUUAUAACACAGACCUGCAGAGACAUGUGGUUUGAGUGAGCCUGAGGCAACACUUGGCUGUGCGGGCUCAUUUAAAUAUUCUUCCACUGUUACGAAAGAAAAAAAAAUUCAUAUGAAAUUUGCAGGGUCAUUCAAGAAUUGGUAGACAAUUUACAGUUGUUCAGAAUUAUUGAACAACAGCAGUAUUGGGUUGUAACAAGUAUGACAUUUAUCAUCUCAUUAUUAAUUGGAUCAAAUUAAGAGUUGUAAAAUCGACAAUUACAUUUGUCUACAUGCAAGUCGAUUUUACAAGUUUUAAUAUGAUUAAAGGCCAUACUUGCCAAAUUAUACUGUAGUGGGUGGUUAAUUUUGAACUGUUUUCCCACCUUUCAAACUAAAACGAUCAAAAUACAAAACACUGCAUGUACGUUCUUGCAUAAAUUUACUUGCCCAGAGACCAAAUAUGGAAAAAAAAAAAAAAAAAAAAACCCUGAGAUAUAAUGUUUGAAAAUAUUUUUAAAGAUGUCAAAUGACUCUGGACUCUGGAGUAGUCCCUAAACCACCAUUUCUCUUGUCCCACACCUCAAAUGACCAAAUUGAAUCCGCUACACCAUGCGGCCUUGUUAGAAAUAUAACAAUUAUAUAUAUAUAUAUAUUAUACAUACAUACAUACAUACACAUACAUGUUUGUUUUUUUAGAGUCACUUGAUCAGCAGGAACAGCUUGCUAAACAGCUAGCUUCCACAAGUACUUCUGAGAAAAAGCUAACAAUGCAUAGUCAAGAUUUGUUUUCAAGAAUUUUGAAGCCAAAUGGGCUCCAAAUUUUGGAAUGACCCCUGCUGACAACUUAACUCAGGACAGCUGUAAUAACGACAGAAUCAGCAACUUGAAAUCAGUUUUAUUCAAAAACAAAUAUAAACUGCGCUCCAGCAAACCCUGACAUAAGCAGUCGAUAUUUUCCUAAUAUUUACAAUAUAAAAAAUAAAAUAAAUAGAGCCUGUUGCAGCCUUCUGCAAACAGUUACAACUGUGGUACUUGCAAUUCAUUAUUUAUUGAAGGAAGCCAGAGACGAUAGAAUAAUGGUUAUAGCAGACAGCCCUGUUUGAUGACAAUGACAUAAUUCUUAAAUGACCUGCGCGUUGGAGCAAACCUGCAAAAAAGUAUUGAAGUCAGUGAAAGAAAGACAGCAGCCGCUUGAGGUUGAGUGCACGCUGACCUCUACUGGCAGCACCCAAAUCAAGAGUGCAAAAUGCAAAGAAAGCAUCAUUUUAUGGCUUACUGAUGGGGAGAGGUUUUAAAAAAAAAAAAAAAAAAAAAAAAAAAAAAAAAAAAAGACUAUCCUUGUGGCAGCUCUGUCCGUGGUGUCAAGAGUCCAUUAUCAAGAAGCUGGAAAAUGUGACUCCAGAACAGGCACUUCAGUACAAAGUCUUCGGCAAUCUGUUUGCCUUUUAACCCACUGGCUCUCUUCCAGGCUUUGUUAACAAACAUCACUUUUCUUAUGCUUUGCUCUGUACAUCAUAGGUGUAUACAUUAUCAAAGGGGAAGUAAAGCUCCCCCCAUGGUUUUUCAAGUACACAUUGUACGUGCCCGGCUCACCUUAAUACUGUAUUCUGAAUAAUAUUGUGUUUGUGGACAAAUAUUCAUCCAUUUUCAUUCUUCCAAUAGACUUAAUUACAAUAGAAUAGAACUUUAUUGUCAUUGUCAGCAACGAAUGAACAUUGUGAACAACGAAAUUUGACGUGGCACUCCAGUAUAAAAAUGUUGCAAUUUCUCGUCUUAGUGUACUCCCUGCCAAUGUUGUGAUAAUUAGCACAAAUAGUUGAUGACAUGAUUGUUUGAACAACAUUAACUGGGGUUCAGACCACCUGACAUGCCCACAUUGCGGUUGUCCGAGAUUUAAUUAAAACUGAUGACAAUUCAUAUGUUUUGUUCCACAAAUGUAUUGAUCAGAAUACAGUGUACAGCCUAGUAGGGCAACGUAAUGUAAUCAUGAAACCAAAAUAAUGCUUUAGUUCCCCUUACGGUCCUUAAGAGGUCCAGGGAACCAUGAUCCAACCACAGUUCCUUACAGGUCCACUGGUCAAUCAUUUGUGCAUCCACAAGGUCCUCUCAACUUGGAUUCCAGUUCAACUUUUCAAGAAUUCCCUACAAUGCAAAGAAUACGAAUGAAACUGGUUGAGUUUAGCCACAAUCAGUGUUGUUAAUAAUGGCGUUAUUUUUUUCAGUCUUGAGUAAUCUAAUUAGUUUUCCCUUUACAAAGCGUUACCAUUACUGAGGAUGUAAAGGGGCGCGUUACUACAAUUUGGCAGAACGAACACGAGUUGUCUGAUUAUCUGAAAAAGAGCAGAGCGGGAUGGGUACAGUGGUGAUGCCGUUGCAAACAUGAUGAUGAUUGGCUAGGUGGCUCGAAGCGUUAGCAUAGCAUUCGUAUUCUCGCUAACAUUAGCAUGGCAAGCAUAUUCUAAAGUCUUGGGCAACUUUGGGUACAAUUAAUUGAAAGUAAUGUACUGUUUUUCUGCUGAGUGUGCAUUAUCAUCACCAAGUUGAGGUUGCCCUUGUAGACGCAACAAUGUUUUUUUUUGUGUUUUUUUAUUUUUAUUUAUUACCAAUAAUAGUUACUUGCCCCCAAAUUUUGUUGAAUGACGUGUCCAUGAACCUUGUUUGACGUUUAUCAAAACAUCUAGAGCAAAGACAGGAGAGGCAGGAGAUUCAGAGCCUCACCUGCAUAUUGAAAAAUAUAUCUACUGUAUAUAUAUUAGGAGUGUGACACACAAGUCACGGUUCAGUACGUACCAUGGGAUCAGUACUCUCGCAGCAUUUGAAAGUUAAAGUCUGUAUACAGUUACACUCUAAGAUAGGGAAAAUAUUUUUUUAAAAUGUAAAUAGUGUGACCUACGUUUUUUUAAAAUGAUAAAAUCAGUUCAAUUUAGUUAACAUAAACAUCUUUGAUGGGAAAGAUGUUAUAGAAUGUAUAAUGUAAUGUGUAGAACAGUGGUCUCAAACCGGUCCUCAAAGGGCCGCAGGGGGUACUGGAUUUCAUUCCAACCAAACGAGACAAAUACCUUUUCACCAAUCUGGUUUCUUACAAGUGUAAUCAGUUGAUUGCAAUCAGGUGCUGCUUAUGUUAGUAGAAACCUCAUUGGUUGAACUGUUUGUGCUGGAUCUGUUGGAACAAAAACCAGGACCCACUGCGGCCCUUUGUGGAGUCGGUUUGAGACCGCUGGUGUAGAACAUGAAAAGUAACGUCAGUUACUUUGCUGAAUAACUAAUUACUCUUACAAUGAGUCAGUUACUAACUCAAUUACUUUUUGGGAGAAGUAAUUUGUAACUAUAUCUACUAGCUUUUUUUUAAGUAAGAUCAACAACCCUGGCCACAAUAACAGCAAGACACUCAGGUCGUAGUGAGGUGGUGUCUGGCAAGUCUUUUGCGUUCCUCCAACCCUAAACAUGAUAAGUUUGUUCCAUCAUUUCCUUUUAGACUAGCGCAGGGGUUAGAAACCUUUAACACCCAAAGAGCCAGUUUGGCUUUUUUUCCACGGAAAAGACAACACAGGGAGCUGCACACACUUUUUGCCAUCUCAAAUUAAAAUGUUAGCCAAGGGGUAAGCAACCAGUCAGGUCAACCAGUCACAACUAUUUAAA